CCUGGUGACCGUCAUAUUAGCUUGAGAGCAAAUGGAUCACAGGGGAUAGCAAUCUUUUUUUUGUUAUUCCAAGCCAAUCCUGCUUCUGGAUUCUUCAACAUGUAAAGGCAGCAGUUAAAUUAUAUUAAUAUGGACGAUCUGGAUGGCUUCAGGUCACCUCUGCAGGCUGCAGGGAUCAACACCAGCAGAAGAGAAGAUGCAAAGGAUGGGAUGUCCAAACAGACCCAGCUGCUCCUGCAGGCUCUUAUGGUUCUCAUGUGUUUGGGAGCCAUCAUAGGCAAUGCUCUCGUCAUCGUUAUUGUGGCGGCCACCAGGACCCUCCAUGCAGUGACAUCUGUUCUGAUCCUUAACCUGGCCAUCAGUGACCUCCUGGUCGGCAUCGGUGUCAUGCCUUUUGUUGCGAUGUCCAUCCUAAACACCGGAUGGGUGCGGUGUCCUGUUCUCUGUUUGUAUGUGGGGUACUCUUCCACUGUGUACUGCUCAGCCUCUGUAUUCACACUCACUGCUAUCGCUCUUGACCGCUAUUACUCCAUCAUGGACUGCCUGCGCUAUACUUCCCGCUGCACCCUGUGGAGGAUUUGUGCUGUGGUCCUAUGGAUUUGGCUUCAGGCCCUUGUUGUCUGCAGCUGUCCUCUGAUGGGUUGGGGCUCUGUCACCUAUGUGGUCCCCAUGUAUAAUUGUGCCAUCACCUGGGCCACCACUCUUAGCUUCACAGCUUUCAUGGCUGCUCUCACCUAUCUGAUACCAGCAGUGGUGAUUCUCUUCUGCUAUGUGAACAUUAUCAGGGUGGCCCGCAGCCAUGCCAGGAGGAUCCAUUCACUGGAGGACUCUGUCCAGCGCAGCAGGUCCCCCUGUGUUGUCAGGGAUUCAUCCCAACAGCCACGUAUAAACCUGCAUAGACCCUGGAGUCUUACAUCUCACAUAAACGAGGACUCUGGAGAUAAUAUUAGCCAGGUUGGGCAUGCAUCUCCAACACAGCAGAAAACAACUACAGUCAGGAGUUUGUUUUCCAUCAGACUGCAGACAUCAGAGUCAAACAACCAGCAGCGCCACCAUGGAGCGGUGCGCCUCCUUCUCAUCAUCUCAGCCUUCCUCCUAUGCUGGACACCCUUCAUAUGUGUGGCUCUGGUUCAGGCCACAGAAACUGCCAUUAAAGGCCAGUCUACUCUCGUUCCAGACUCUGCCAUCACCUUCUCCUACUGGCUGAUGUUGCUUAACUCUGAUGUCAACCCUUUGCUUUACGCUCUGCUCAGCCAGCGCUUUCAGAGCGCUCUUAAGGGAAUUGGGUACAGGAUCAGAGCUCAUGUGUGGAGCACACUGGGCAGAGAAUGGGAGGUCAGAGUAGAGGGGGAUGAUGUCAGGAACAGUGACCCUUGCUCCCUGACUACAACCCAACACAGUUCACAUUCCAGCACAGACAGUUUGAACUUUGACCCCUCCAAGUACUCCUCUUCUAUUUUCUCCGUUAGCGCUGCCUUUAAAAGACACACUGAAGUGCAUCUAUGUAACAUGUGCCACCAUGAAAACUCCCCCUCUGUGUCCCAGGAUGCUGUCUGUGAGAAGACAAACAAUCUGCAGGUCCCUUCUCGUCCUCUAGAGGGCAGCAGACUUCCUUUCUCUGCUCUAACCAAGGAGCAGCGGGCCACUUUUUCCUUUGGCCAGGUCACAGUGACUGUAGAGCAUGAUGUCUGUUAGUAUUACCCAUCUAGGAAUAUUAUCAAUGAGGUCAUUUAUUUUAGUAAUUCAGCAAAGACAUACAGAUUUAUUAAAACACUGAUUUCUUUUUCCAUCACUUGUGUUAAAUUUAGCUUUAAAGCUACUUAAUAAAAACUUUUUGUGGUGCAUAAAGCAAAGAAGAAUAUAAAUUAUAACAUAGAAAAAAAAGCCUACUUAAUAGUAUUUCCAUUUACUGUAUAGACUAUGCAUUUAGUACUGGGUUGGGGCUACUUUACAUGAAUUACUGCCUCAGUGCAGAGUAUAAAGGAAAUGAUUGGUCUGUGGAUUUGUGUGGUAUUAACCUUCAGCUGCAUUGGUAGAUCUGAUGUCUCUCAUUUUCCUGUUGAAACACUCAUAAUGAGGUUUAUGUCUGCAGAGUCAUACAAUGUCAUUGAAGUAGGUUUUUGUACUUUUUGUUGUGCAAAAAAAUGCCAAAAUGAUAUCAGUAUCAUUGAACUUGUUAGAAUAUGAAACUAAUACUUCCCAGUAGAAAGCUUCAAUGACUUAAAUGAUGCUCAGAACUGAAAGCAAGAUAUGCAUCAGCUGAAUGCGUCUGUCUGUGUCUGUUGUCCUGCAGUUGAAGGGUCAUGAAUCUUUUUUAUUUUGUUUUAUAAUUCUCUUAGAGCUGAGGUUAAACCUCUGCACCUUCUAGUCUUUAAAGCUCCGCCCUAAGCUGUAACUUUCUUAACAAUGAUUUUGUUGUAAUUUCUUUUUGAGCGGUCAUGAUUUGUGGAGUUCCCCCUUGAUUACAUUGAUCAUAACAAGAAUAGAACAUAGUAGU